AUGAAAAAGAAAAGAACAGGAAAAAAUAUUGAUUGCAGAAAAAUAAAAUUAAUAGAAUUUUACAAUCAAGUUUCAAAAUAAGUAGGAAAUAAUUCAUAAAUAAUAGGAAGACACUUAUUUUUUAUUUAUAGAUAAUGAUGCGAAGUAAGAUUAUGAAUAAGAAAUUUAUAUCAAGGAAGGAAAGAGGAUAAAAAUACUUAAAAAAUGUAUGA